AAAAAGGGGCUGAGAUUUACCCGGUCAACCUACCUUAUCGCCGCAUGUAAAACGUUUUAUCUUUGAGAACACAAUAAGCUUUAAUGUCUGACUGACUUGUUGAUUGUCGUACUGAGACUAUACUAGAGUAUUUUGGACAGAGUUAGAUUUGUACAUUUUUUUCAUUUUGUGAAUUCUAGAUGGAUUAAGAUAUUCAGACAACACCUGUAGAGCUGAUGAAAUCGAUGACGAUUGUGUAGAGAUUUGUACAAGAACGUCAGACAAGGAUGCUGGUAAAUAGAGCGUGGCUGUUGAGUGCCAGGAGUGUCCUGCUGCUGACCACUUUAGCUGCUUCACACUUGGUUGGCAUCACUUCUGCUAAUGACUGCACGUCCCUAAACAGUGUGAUACAAGUUAAUGAGACUUUACAGUUGACACCCAUUGGAACUGUAAUCUUACGUUUCAAUGCGUCAAAAUUUGCGAUAAACACAGCCCAGGAUUUGUUUAAAGCCGUGCAGACCUCGACUGGUAACUGGAGCAUCCAAGUCAACAAAGAACUUGAUGCUGAGAAAAUAUAUGCAGAACAACCGCAACAAAAAGGUUUACUGACCUACAGCACCUCUUGUGCUAAUAUCGGUCAGGAACAGACAUUAAUUUAUGACCUGAUGAUUAUGGUAGUCGAUGUCGACGAGUUUGUGCCAAGUUUCCCCAACACAACGUACACGAUCAGCGUGCCUGAGUCUACUCCAGUGAAUACUGCCCUGUUUACAUUUGAUGUGGCUGGUGUCAGAGCUGUAGACUUGGAUGCAAAUCCAGCCACCCCAGAGUACAGGAUUGUUGAUGGAGCCCAAGGAUUUUUUUUGAUGAUAGACAUCCUGAAGGGCGUGGUGACGUUAGAGAACCUACUCGACUACGAGAGUGGCAUCACUCAGUUUAAUCUUAACAUCUCGGUGAAGGAGUCAAAUGAGAACACAAACGCCCCGAAAAAUUAUUGCGUCUUACAAAUCAAUGUUGUGGAUGUGGACGACAUGAACCCAGUAUUUGAUCAGUCCAGUUACCGCCUGCAGCUGAACGAAAGUAUGUACAGCCCGACGCAGUAUUUCCCCACAGUUCCACCGGUGUCUGCACAUGAUGGGGAUCUGACCAUCAACACGAACAUUUCCUUCACAGUCGACACCAGUUCUCAGAACAUUUACGGAAGUAAGUUUAUCCUGAGCCCGACAGGCUACAUCGCUGUGAACGGAUCACUUGAACAAGGGCUGUACAGUAUCAAUAUCAAGGCGUUUCAACAGGAUAACCCAAUUUCUCGAUUUGCCGUAGCGGUGUUAACGUUAAGCGUCACUGGGGUCAAUAAGUUCAAACCGGAAAUGACCAGAAGCCAGUACCAGCUGAACGUGUCAGAGUUAGCACCUGUUGGUUUGAUUCUGCUAACGGUUGCCGCCACUGAUAAGGAUUCGGGAGACAAUGCGGUUUUCGAGUUUGUUCUGGACAAUAAUGUAGACGCCACAUUUAGAAUAACAACUGACCAGGGUCAAGGAAUAAUUACUCUGUUGAAGCCACUUGACAGAGAAACUAAAGCGUCAUAUUCACUGCAGGUUUACGCUCAAGAAACUAAAACUGCAGAGAAACUCAAAAGUAAUUUUAGCAUCAUUAGCAUCACAGUGCUGGAUGAGAACGACAACUCUCCCAACUUUACGCAACAGAGUUAUCUCUUUACCAUCAAUCGUACUGGCGCAAUAGGAACUCCUGUAGGGACGAUAAAUGCAACAGAUCCUGAUGAAGGUCUCAAUGGCCAAGUUUUAUAUUCCUUGCAACCAUCAACUGAUUUUUCAAUCAACUCUCAAAGUGGGCAGAUUUCUCUGAAAAAAAUUCUCUCAACUUCAGAUGUUGGCACAAAAUAUGUCACAGCCAUAGCUACUGAUAACAGUGCCAUUGUUCAGAACAGAAGGUCAACUGUUGUUGAGAUUGCAAUUAAUGUUUUACCUGUAAAUGACCAAGCACCUGUUUUCUCUACCACUUACACUUUUAACAUUUCUGAGACCACACCUCCUAACACUGUGAUUGGCCAAUUGAAAGCUAAUGAUCCAGAUGGCGACACUGUUAUGUACUUUAUCCAAUCGGGGAACUCGGAUAGUUUUUUCCAACUUGGGCAGUCAAAUGGUGUGCUCACUCUAAUUAAAGAAAAUGAUUUGGACGUUGACUCACCAAAGUUGAUGUUCAAGCUGGUGGUGGUAGCAAGUGAUGGUUUCCACAACACAUCUACAGAUGUUAAUGUUAAUUUCUUGUACGUCAAUGAGUUUGACCCCGUCAUCCAGCCAAUCCAGAGGGUUCAGUUAAAUGAAACCGCUGCUAAAAACACUAUAAUUGUUAAAGUUAAAGCUACAGACAAGGACAGGGGCGCAGAUGGUGUGUUAACAUACUCUCUAGUUCCAGCCUCCAACUUUAGUAUAAACUCAGCUACAGGGGAGAUAACCUUAGCAUGUGAUCAUUGUCUUGACUACAACAUAAAACAGAGCUAUGAUCUCUUUGUAUUAGUAGAAGAUGGAGGAAACCCACACAAGUUCAGCUUCACUACAUUUACUGUAGCCAUUACAGAAAUUAUUCUUGUUUCACCAAAAUUCUCACAAAAAAACUACGAAGUUUCAUUAAAAGAAAACCAGAAAAACAAUACAACUAUAUUGCAGCUGAAAGCAACAGACCCAGACACCCCAGACAAUUUGUUAACCUACGGACAAGUAUACCCUAUACCAGCUGCAGCUUUAUCUUGUUUUGUUCUCCCAAAUGGAACUGUUGUAUGCAACACAUUGGAUGCAGAAAUAAAUGAUAUUAUAGUAUUUGAUGUUAAUGUAACGGAUGGGAGCAAUAUAGAUACUGCAACUAUAACAAUCCAUGUUUUGGAUGUUAAUGAUAACUCACCUAAUAUAGAUUCAAUUGGUCCAAUAAACUUACCAGAAAACACACCUGUUGACCAGCUCGUCUACACAGUGAAGGCCACAGAUCUUGAUCGUAGCAAUGAAGGCUUCACAUUUUUCUUGGUCGAUGGAACUGAUGGAAAAUUUAUCAUUAAUAGAAGCACAGGAGCUGUCACUACAGCUGGUGUCUUUGACCGAAGUGAAAAACAGACAUACAAUGUUGAUGUAUGGGUCAGCGAUCACGGCACUCCACCAAGAUACAACUCUACAACACUUGUUGUCAAUAUUGUAGAUUCCAACACAGCGCCAGAGUUUGUAGAUACCCAGAAUAACAGGACAUCUGAAUUUGUUUUUGAAGUCAAUGAGAAUUUAACUAUUGGAAGUUUGAUUGGGUCGCUACAUGCCCGCGACCCAGAUUCUGGUUCCUCAGGCAGGCUUAGCUUUAGUAUCCAAGGUGGCGACCCAGAUAAAGUGUUCAUGCUAGGAAGUAGUGAUGGAAAUUUGGUGCUUGCAAAGUCUCUUAAUUAUGAAUCACAACAGACGUACACGCUGACCGCUGUGGUGGCUGACCAAUCCGUUUCUGCACUGUCAGCAACAGCCAGGGUAACCGUUAAUGUUAAAAAUGUAAUCGAGGCUCCGCAAUGGCCUCUCCCAUUUCCUGUGGUCUACCUGACUCAGUCCACCACCUGCAACUUCAACGUCCAGGCGUUCUCUCGUGAAGUUACAACAGUGGCAAGCAAGGGGGACGAGCCGGUGGAGUAUAAACUUCUCAACAUGACAAGUUACUUCACAAUAAACAAAACAUCGGGAUUAUUGAGGGUUACAAGACCCCUAAAUGCCAGCCAGUAUUCAAUAGCUUUAGCAGCUUGCAGUGGAGAUGUCUGCUCCAACGCUGAGCUCACAGUUGUUGUGCGAACAGAUGACAUCCUGGCCUUCUGCCCAGCUUUUGUCAAUGUUUGGAUAAAUGAAUCUUCACCAAUAAACUACACUGUAAUUGACCUGAACACAAACAAAGGGGACAUUGAUUUGCAGUACACGAUUACAUCAGACAAUGACACUAACGAUUUUUACAUCGACGCUAAAAAUGGAACAUUGUUUGUGAGGAAUAAGCUGGACAGAGAGACUAUAGAAAAAUAUAACUUGUUGAUUGAAGCUGUAAAAUCAAGCUCUCAGGAGACUGCCACUGUCCAGGUAAUUAUAAGAUUAACAGAUGUACCUGACGAAGCUCCCACGUUCCUUAGCACUAAAUUUGAAGGUGAAAUAGGUGAGGAUGCUAAGCCAGGAGAUCCAGUUCAUUUAAUGGGGACUUCAAUUGACCUCACUGUCAGUGCAACAGAUAAAGAUUUACACGCAUCUCUGUCUUACAGCAUCAGCAAUGAAAAUGAUACGUCAGCAGGGUCGUUUUCUGUCAAUGAAUUUGGCGUUAUUGCUUUGAAGAAACCUAUUGAUUAUGAGGGCAUGGCAAAGGAAUUGAGUGGGAUAUAUUCUUUUUAUGUUGUUGUGACAGAUGGUAUCUUCAACACUUCUGUGAGGGUUGUGGUUCACGUGCUGGAUGCUAAUGACAACUCUCCAACAUUUGAUGACCCUGGUCUCCUGUGGCUCAAUGUUUCUGAGGACUCAUACCCGAGAGAAAUUGGCAGAGUCAGUGCCAAAGACAGAGAUUCACUGGAUGCAGGAAAGCUGGAAUACUUUUUGGACAUUCUCUCACCUGUGUCAAAAGGAAAUCCAUUCUCAAUAAAUACAAGGACUGGGCAAAUCAACCUGGAAGAUGUCCUGGACAGGGAGAGGGUGGAUGAAUAUUCACUCAGAGUAACUGUUGUAGAUUCUGCUCAACAUAAUGCCACAAAAGAUAUCAGAGUUACUGUCCUUGAUGUUAAUGAUCAAGCGCCAACUUUUCCACUACAAAACUACUACUGGAAUGUAACGGAAGGUAUCAGUGGAUCAAGUUUAAACAUAACAGCUUAUGACAAGGAUAUUGGCAACAAUUCUGUUGUUGAAUACUCCCUGACAGAAGAUACAAAUUGUUCAUUUACAUUAAUAAAAGACAGUUCAAAUAAUGUGUAUGUUCAAGUUGUAAAGUCUCUGGACAGAGAACUUCUUCUAUCUAAUGGAGUUGCUCAAAUUCAGUUGAAGGUUGAAGCUAGUGACAUCCUACAUACCUCCACCUGCACCAUAUUUGUUACAGUGAUGGAUAUCAACGACAACCCUCCUGUGUUUUCACAAAGUCUCUUCACUGGGCAAGUAAAGGAGAACGCUAAAAACGCAACAGAGAUACAGCUGUCCCCAGCAAUAACUGUGUCUGAUGAUGAUGGCCCAGAGUAUGGGAGAGAAACAGUUAGAUUUAAACUGGCAGACAAUAGUUCAUUUUUUAGUAUUGACCCUAUUACUGGAAAACUAUUUGUGAGAUUUUUAACUGUACAAGAUCAUUUGGAUAGAGAAACAAAUUCUGUUUACAACGUGAUGGUCAUUGCUACGGAUGAUUAUGGCAAGGGCUUUUCUGCAAAUGCCAGCAUUGUUGUAAAUAUCACAGAUGUCAAUGAUGAGAAGCCAGUGUUCAAGAAAAGUUCCUACAUAUUUUCUGUACCUGAAGAUGCUCAAAUAGGCUAUACUGUUGGUAAACUAGAUGCGCUGGAUAAUGACACAAGUGGUGGCAUUACAUUGUAUUCCCUUGUUGGUUCAGACAUGUUUGCUAUUGACAGCAUCACAGGAGUUAUAAAAGUGACUGGGCGUCUUGAAGGGAAAAUAUCUUCGCUAACAUUAAAUGCUACAGCCACUGAUUUUGUAAAUGGCUUCAGCUAUGCCGUGGUCAUCAUCAACAUCACAGAUGUCAAUGACCACUGUCCGGAGUGGGAUCCUGCCUCCCUCACUUUCAGUGUUAGCGAGACUGGUCAGGCGGGAGAUUUUAUUGGUCAGCUAAAUGCCAGUGAUGCAGACUUUGGUGCCAAUGGGGCUGUUUCAUAUUACAUCAACAACACAGCUGCAGAUCUGUGGCUUCAUAUUUCACAGACAGGGAAUAUAACUCUGCUAAAAGCACCGUCAGGUGUGGCGUAUGACUUAAAUGUUUAUGCGACUGAUGGCGGAGACCUACCCUGUGUUACACAAGCCAAACUUCACAUUAAUGUUAUUGGUGUAAAUAGAUAUCCCCCUGAGAUCUGCUAUAAUGACGUCUGUGGAGUUCAGUCUGCAACGUUUGAUUUUAUACCUGACAAAUCAAAAAUGGGCUCAGUCAUUGGCCAGAUUUCUGCCAGGGACAAUGAUACUGGGAUUAAUGGGAAGGUUACAUUUAGCCUUGCUGGCAAUGGAAGUGAUUUCAUUAAUGUUUCUGAUUUGGGCUUCCUUACUCUGAAAAAAAAUAUUGAUUUAAAAAAGAUGGGCAAUCAAGUUCUUCCUAACAAUACUUUAAAAGUGACCAUCUUGGCAAUUGAUGGAGGAACAGACCACAAGACUGCCAACGCAACACUAGUGAUUCGUAUUAUGGGAGCAGUAGUCAUCAGUUUCAGCAAUAUCAGCUACACUUUUAAUGUUGAUGAAAACAAAAACAACACUUUUGUUGGUAGAGUUGAAGCCAAAUCUGACCUAUCCAAUCAAAUCAGCUAUACCAUAAUAACAAAGGAUGUUCCUUUCAAAAUAAUUGGCACAAAUGGUACAAUAACCACAACCUCAGCGCUGGACAGGGAAGUGAAAGAGAGUUAUGUGUUCAUAGUUUCAGCUAGUGAUGGACAGGGCUCAUCCAAAGUGUUGGUGAUUGUGGAGAUAAAUGAUGUGAAUGAAUUUGCCCCAGUGUUUGAUGACAACAGCAUCACUGUGUUAGUAGAAGAAAAUCAGAUCAAACCCAACCUGGUCAGUGUGCACGCCCAUGAUGACGACGCCACUGAUAAUGUUGUCACUUAUGAGCUGCUAGAUAGUGAAGCAUUUCCACAGUUUAAUGUUAGUGAGAAAACUGGUAGCAUUAAUCUGGUGAGACCCUUGGAUGCAGAGAAGGAGAGAAAUUACACCCUGCACAUUAUGGCAAAAGAUGCAGGGACCCCUGAGAGAAUUGCAACGGCCACAGUCACUGUUGAAGUUUUGGAUGUGAAUGAAUAUCCUCCAGUGUUUGAAAAACUUUUUUAUGAAUUUAAUAUAACCAAGUCUGACACGAUUCCUCAAGAGGUGGCCACAGUAAAGGCUACUGAUAAUGACACAAGCAAUUUGGCAGUAUUUUACACUUUAAUUCAAGAUAACAAUAAUGAUGAUUCAAAGUCAUUUUCAAUUAAUAUCUUAACUGGAGUGAUAACAAUUGUUCAAACUCUGGACAAAAAAGAUGUUUAUUCAUUCCAAGUUAAAGCCACAGAUUUAGAUUUUGGCAGUCCCCUUCAGUUAGCCAGUGACGUCACAGUUAAGAUCAACGUCCUGAACAGAGACAUCAUACCCCAGCUGUCUGUUUCCCCCACCACAGUCACUACAUUUGUUGGGAUGGUGAAAGGCUCGAAACUUAAUGUCAUCAUAUCAACACAAGAUGCCAUUGCACUUAACAUUACUGAUGGUGAUACUAAAAAUGUCUUCAAAAUUGUGGGAGAAAAAAUAAUCCUUCAGACCCAAUUAACUGAUGUGGCAGUCUACACUCUCACAUUGACAGCUACAAGUACAUCUGGCAGCAAAGCUACUCAACAGCUUACAGUGACAGUGAGGUCGGUCACUUUUGACCAGCCCUUCUAUUUAGCCAAAAUCCCUGAGAACUCAAAGUUUCCCCAAGUGAUCUGCACAGUCAAUAGUCUGGCUGCUAAUCUUAGUGUACCAGUCAGUUACACACUUCUGAAUUUCAAUGAUAAAUUUAAGAUUAACCAAACGGGUGCUAUAUCAGUGGAGAAAUCUCUGGAUAGGGAGGAACAGGCACUCUAUUUAUUAGAUGUAACAAUCACACCACAGUUGUCUUCUAUGAAUAGAAGAAAGCGACAAGCAAACCAACAAGCUACAAACCAGACAACAGUGGUAGUGCAGGUUGAAGACCAGAAUGACAACCCACCAAGUUUUGGAAAUUCUGGAAGUGUUCUCUCCCUUGAGAUUUCAGCAAAUGUUAACAAAUCCUAUCUUGUUACAACACUGAAAGCCUUUGACCCAGACGAGGGAUUAAAUGGGGUCAUCUUCUACCGAAUUGUCAGUAGUGAUCGGUCAGAUGCUCUCACCUUGAACAAUGCAACAGGUGACCUGACUGUUGCAUCAACUGACCAGCUCAAAAGCCUACCUGACAUUAAUCUCAAUGUGUCUGCUACUGACCUCAAUGGAAGUGGUUUAUCAGCAUUUCUUGCUGUUGAAAUUCAAGUCAAAAGUGAAACAAUAUAUAAACUAAAAGCAGCUAUUCCAAUAUCAACAUUUACUUCAAAUAAAGACAUCAUAUUAGUUAACUUGAGUCUUAUUCUUGGUUUUGAAGUCAAGUUGUUCAAUGCAUCCAAAAAUAAUGAUGGCAGUUUAGACAUUCAACUGUAUGCAAUAGAUGAAAAAAAUGCAACGGUUCCUUCUGAUCAAAUUGAAAAAAAAGUAAAGGACAAGCAAUCAGAGAUAAACACCCUGUUUGAAAGUUUCUCCAAGUCCAGUAAAAGCAGCAGUGGAGGGAGUGAUGGAGACUUCAGUGUUUCAGCUAUAGCUCUCAUAGUCCUGGCCUGUGUCAUGUUCUGCAUAUCACUGGGGGCCAUCCUCGUUGCUUAUCUCCUUUGGAGGAAGCAAAGAAAUUAUUCAGAGAAAGAAGAGAAUGCAGCUAAAGUGAGGCAGAAGAUAGAUGAACAGAUGGGUAACAUCAAGACUGAGAGCCUGAGUUCUGAUCCAGAUGAGCAUCUUGAAAUGGAUAUCGACUUGGACGACUCACAGUUUUUUAAUCCAAAAAUGUUCUUACGCCACUCUAAAGAGUCUGAGGUUGAGAUGAGUCCAGAAAAUGUAGACGAGCAGGAAGUGACCUUGCAGUUUGAGACAGAGUUCAAGUCCAGCAUAAGUACCAUGGCACUACGGCGCCACCUGCAGGAUAAAGAGAUGCAGUGGAGACAACAGCUGUUUCAGGCUAUUGGAGAGGAGGAUGAGGAAAGGCAGAGGACAGCCUCACCUGACUCUGAUGGUGGCCCCAGUGGCAAUGAUCAGGCUGCGGCAUAUGUCAAUGAUCAAGUUGUUGCUCGUUUCAAUGAUCAAGUUGCAGCAUAUGUCAACGAUCAAGUUUUAGCACCUGUCCUAUCCCACCUGAACAGAGAUACAGGGGUUAUCCAUGAGGAGGCGGAGGAGAAUAGAGAUGACGGCUCAUCUUCAUCAUCAUCUUCUGUGUUUGUGGCUGGCACUGAUGUCACCUCACCUGAGGGGUCAAAGUUCAACGACCUAGCGGGGCUCUAUGAGCUUGUUGGUAAAACUGGCAAAGAUGUUCAACACAGGGGAGGUAAGCCUAGAGGUUCAAGCAGCUCCUCUGAUGUAUCUGCUGGACCCACUGAGAUUUAUAAAUCACCAAGAAAUGGAAGCCCAACAACUAACAACAGCUUAAACACAGAUGUGUAUAGUCUCCCUUUAAAUUUGAACAGUAAAAUCAAACCAGACACGACAUCACUUAUCAAACCAGCUAGCCAAGUAAAUGGUGGGCUAGGCUAUGUUAAUGUCAACUUCCAACAUGAAGACAAUGAAGAAUCUGAAGAAGAAGAAAGUACCCAAUUUUGAUUACAGAUUAAAUACCUACCUUAUGUGUGUAUUUCAUUAUAAAUAGAUACAUUUUGUUUACUGCUUUUAAAAAAAAAAUUAAAAUAUUAUUUUAGAAUUCAAUGCCAUGAUGAUAAUGAAUAUGAUCAAAUUUUAUAACAUGUUUGUCAUUUUGUAUAUUUUAUUUAUUAAAUUUAAGAAGCCUUCAACAAUUUACUGUAGUAAAAAAAAAUUGUAUUAGAGCAAAAAUGCUGCUUAAGUAUGAGCCAUAAAGCAUAAUUUAAUGCAAUUAUCUUAUUAAAUAAUUUGGAAAGUUAAAAUAACAAUUUGACUACUCUAAUAAUUGACUUGAUUCUAACCAUUUGACUACUAUUAAUACUUGACUUGAUUCUGUUGUGAAACAGAGAGACACUUUUAGAACUAAAAUUAAUGAAAUGGAUUUGUUUUAGAUAAUAUAUUGGCUGCAAAUGUUUCUUGGCUUAGUCUUUAACCAUAAUAGUACAGAUCUAGAGGUUACUUGCUUGAAGUGUAGGCCUACUUACUUAUAAUGCCCAUUGUUGAUAAUUUUUGUUUUGAAGCUGUUUGUCUCUAAAAUGCUAGGCUUACUAUAGAAAUCAUGUUUUGUUGUAUUUAAUCAAUUCAUGUGAAUAAAACAUUUAUAUUUGCAUAUGUGAACACUUUAAAAGGAUUUUAUUACCAUAUUCUUUUUCUAUGCGAUAUUUGAAUCUGUACAAAAAUGUUUUUGCUUAUGACUGUAUUGUGAUAUUACCAUUCCUCAUCAAAUACUUUUUAAACUACAAAGGAACUGUGCCUUUUACUUGACCAAUGUAUUUCAACUGUAAAACUGUUUUUGUAAUAAAGUUUGUUUUGUUAUUGGU